UUACUGACAGAUUACUUCCCUCUCUGGGUUUACGGCUGACAGGACGAACUUAAAACGGCAUUAAAUAAUUACAGAACAUAGUCUAAAACUGCUGAAAAGCGAUAUACGAGAAGCUACAAGAUCAUUUCCUUCUGUCGCUUUUGCUCUUUGGAGACAAAAAACAAACCCAGAUUUCGCAUCACGGAGCUCGCGCACAGGUGACCGGCGGUCAUGUUCAUGUUCUCUCGGGUGUUUUAACCUAUAAAAUAAACCACGUUUUUACUAACAAACAGACGAAAGACUCUAAAAUUACUGCACUUAAGAAUCUAGUUCUAAUAAUAGCAGUAAUAAUAAAGUGUCGGGGUGUCCAUGGAGACGUACCUGCUGAAGUUUAUCGAGCGCGUGCGAGCUGAGAGCAGAGAUGGAGAGAAUGACAUCGCCUCUCAAUACACGAUUAUUAAGCAUCAGAAUGGCUUGCUAAAACAGAAGCACGGUUUGACCACAGAGGCAGGAGGAGUAAAAGACAACGUGAAGAAAAACCGCUACAAGGACAUACUGCCGUAUGACCAAACGCGCGUGGUUCUGAGUCCAACAACACCUGAAUAUCAAAGUGACUACAUUAAUGCAAAUUUCAUCAAGGGGGCGACGGGGAGCAGGACGUACAUCGCCACACAGGGUCCUCUGAACAACACAGUAGUGGAUUUCUGGCGCAUGGUUUGGCAAUAUGACAUCAGGGUGAUCAUCAUGGCGUGUAGGGAGUUCGAGCUGGGGAAGAAAAAAUGUGAGGUCUACUGGGCUCCUCGAGAUGAUCCAUCCACAUUUGGUCCUUUCACUGUCUCCACUGUUGAGGAGUCACCCACAAAUGAGGAAGUCAUUGUGCGAACGCUGGCAGUGAAACACUGUGAUGAAACUCGCACCGUGUCUCAUUUCCAGUACAUGGCCUGGCCGGAUCACGGAAUUCCAGUUGUUGCAGACGGCAUUUUGGGAAUGAUGGAUUCAGUUCGUGUCAGACAGGGCUGUCACCCGGGACCUCUGCUUGUGCACUGCAGCGCCGGCUGCGGAAGAACCGGGGUGAUUUGCGCCAUUGACAUUGUUAAUGACCUGCUGCUCAAAAAGAAAAUCGGAGAAGAUUUCAGCAUUAUGGAUUUAGUUUUGGAGCUGAGAAGACAAAGACCAUCGGCUGUUCAGACUAAGGAACAGUAUGAGUUUGUGUUUCAUACUGUGGCGCAGAUGUUCGAGAAGUUCUUGCAGGAAUGUUCACAGAAACACCAGCAUCAAGACCUGAUUGAGCCCUCGCAGUCUCACUACGCCAAUGUGUUGCCCCCAAAGCCAGCACUGAGGUCGCUCUCUAACGGCUACGCAACCCAGAAUACAAGAAAACCUCCUACCCUCCGUCCAAGGUCUUCUCAUCCUCAUUCAUCCGCCAACAUGAACGACACGUACGCAGUCGUCAACAAGUUCAAGCAGCCCGCCACAGUCCCGCGUCUCGUUUCCCACCACUACGACAACGAAAACGUAACCAGCCAGAAGACGACUACGAGUGACCUUUACAGCAUCGUAAAGCCGAAAAACAGGGCAGUGGCAAACGCGCCUGCUAGCACGGAUCGCGCUUAUGACCGCACAUGGCCGCCCAACCGCAUGACUACACCGGAGAUGGACUGCAAUGACUACGAACCAGUGCCAGGGGAGUUCCAGAUGAGAAACUCACAGCUGUAUCCAUCUCUACCACAAGGAUCUUCACAGAAACAGCACAAUUCAGAUGAUGACUACGAGUAUGUCUCAAACCCGAUCAGAGAGACGAACAGCAGCCAGUGCAGCCCUGGAGGCAUUGGUUUUAAAUGCAGAGUCAGGAAACCCAAAGGACCCAGAGACCCGCCUUCACAAUGGAAUCGACCAGAGAGAUGAAACUAUUACAACAACAAUGUUGUCUAUAGAGCUACAUAUUCAGCAUUUUUUUAAAUCCAUAGAAUGGAUUGAUUAUUUUGUUUAUUUUGUUUUAGAGGUGAUGGUUUGUAGAUGUGUGUGUGGGGGGAGGGGCGGUAUGGGGGUAAUGUAAGAGAUUAUUACAAAUGUAAUGUAUAUGUUUAAUUUAUUGCAAUAAAUGUGUUGUCUGGAUUGUAUACAAUGCUGCUGUGAUACACUGCCCUGACCAGUAGAGGGCGCUGAUGAGGUUUAGUUUGAACGUUUUAUGAACUAUGAGAAGGUAAACUGGGUCACCUCAACAAUGCCAGCACAUAGAUUAGCUUCUGUACCA